AUGGGAAGUGAAAUCCACGUCAGCCGAGCCUCGUUAUGCUGUAUUGUCUACAUCUGCAGCAGUGGAGCACCUUGGAUGACCUACAAACAUCUCAUGUCACUCUACCAGCCAACAGGCACCAUUGACCAGUACAGUACCAGGCCACCUCCCACCUACCAGCAUCCGACUACCAGCUACCAGCCAACAGGCACCAUUGACCAGUACUAUACCAGGCCACCUCCCACCUACCAGCAUCCGACUACCAGCUACCAGCUAACAGGCACCAUUGACCAGUACAGUACCAUCUCACUGACGGUGUCGGCCGCCGCUCCACUCAGCGGGCCUACGUCUAAUUAUACCAGGCCACCUCCCACCUACCAGCUACCAGCCAACAGCAUCCGACUACCAGCUACCAGCUACCAGCCAACAGGCACCAUUGACCAGUACAGUACCAUCUCACUGACGGUGUCGGCCGCCGCUCCACUCAGCGGGCCUACGUCUAAUUAUACCAGGCCACCUCCCACCUACCAGCAUCCAGCUACCAGCUACCAGCCAACAGGCACCAUUGACCAGUACAGUACCCGGCCACCUCCCACCUACCAGCAUCCGACUACCAGCUACCAGCCAACAGGCACCAUUGACCAGUACAGUACCAUCUCACUGACGGUGUCGGCCGCCGCUCCACUCAGCGGGCCUACGUCUAAUUAUACCCGGCCACCUCCCACCUACCAGCAUCCGACUACCAGCUACCAGCCAUCAGGCAACAUUGACCGGUACAGUACCAGGCCACCUCCCACCUACCAGCAUCCGACUACCAGCUACCAGCUACCAGCCAACAGGCACCAUUGA